CAGUGGCACGCGCGCGCGUGUUGAUGAAGAAAUACACACAGCAGUUUGGUUGGCACGCUCCAGUGAACUACUAGCUUAAAAUACACCGAGGGCGUUGACUUUAAUCAAAAGCUGCUAAAAGAGGCUGUUCCUCUGUGAUGGUAAAGAACCACACAAGGUCAAAGGUGAAGACAGAGAGAGGUUAAAUUCCUGGAGGGAGGCGGGUGUGUCUUUAAUUUACCUAAACACUGUCAGUUACCGUUGGAAGUUGCUCCGUAAUUUGAAGGAAAACACAGCAAAGUUGCAAACGUUGACGUUCGUGGUUAUAAAUCAGAUUUCACCGAGGUUUUGGAUCACUUGUCGUUGUUUUCAUGUGGAAAUAGAUCGGUUGUUGGAUUCGGACGGUCACGUUUGACGUUUGAAGAGGAUUUUCAGGAGAUUUACCUGACACUGGGAACAGCAUCAGAUCUGGAGAGGUUUUUGAGGUUCCCUGAGGUCCCUUGAGAUGGAAGAGCAGGUGAAUCCAUUGGAGAAAGACCACGCUCUGUCUGUGGUUCUGCCGGGGGGGCUGGAGCAGAAUGCCACAGUGCAUGGAAGUAAACCAGUAAUGGACUUACUGGUGACCCUUUGUGCAAGUUACCACCUGAAUCCGUCAGACUACACUGUUGAGGUUCUCUCAACCAACAAGAACAACAUCAGCUUCAAACCAAACUCUCCCAUUGGCUCACUAGAAGCGGACACUAUUGUGCUGAAGCCCAAAGGGUUGGAGGAAAAGAUCAGGAGGCCGUACAUGCCAGAGGCAUCUGUACGUCUGUUGAUCAACUACAAUAAGUCCCAUAAGGCCGUGGUGCGAGUGAAUCCCCGAGUGCCACUUGAGAUGCUGCUGCCAGUGGUGUGUGACAAGUGCGAGUUCAAAGUAGAAACAACCAUCUUACUGAGAGACUCUGAGUCCAAAGAGCCGCUGGACCUGACCAAGACCUUAAAUGACCACGGACUGAGGGAAGUGUUUGCGAAAGACACAGCUGGUAAGGAGCGUAUUGACCAUCAACAACAACCCAAGACACCUGAAGCAGCUGUCACGCCAACAGAGGUCAUCUCACCACCUCCACUACAAGGCCUGCCAAAGAAGGACAAGAACCAGAAGGAGAACACAGGGUUUCUCAGCUUAUUCAGAAGAAGGAAGAAAAAACCUGAAAUGGAAGGGGCAGUGAGUGCCCCAGCUUCUCCUGGUUUCAACAAACAAGUGGGAGUCAGUAUGAAUGCGCAGGGCGUUUCCUCCUCUAACACCCUGCCAGCAGAUACGCCCAAGAAGAGACGAGCCCCUCAGCCACCCAUGGGUGCAUCACAGAGCGUCCCCAACAACCUCAGCGCCUGUCAUCUAAGAGGAUCGCAGAGGUCUGCAGAAUUAAGGAGUACCAAGAGGAGGGCCCCACCCCCUCCCUGUGCAAACACCAACCAGAAGCUGCAGGCUGACACAGAGGUUAAAGGGACUGUAGGCUCCCUGAACACUGUGGAGGAGCUCAGAGAAAGUGAUGAGUCAGACUCUGUAAACCCAUCACUAUCCUCAUCUUCAUCACCACAUCCAUCACAACCGCAGUCGUCAUCCUCCUCACGUCCAUCAUUUGCUUAUCUCCAUGAAGUGGCUGAUCCAUAUCUGCCUUCGUUUCGAGGGAAAGACUUAUCUGACGCCCGCUGUGCUCUUGCCAAAGUCUUGACCUCCUCUAUUUCCAAAGGAACACUGCUCAAGCGUUUGAGGAAUUCUGCCACCUUCCCAAAACUCUACAACAGCUCCUUCUCCAUGUCCAUGACUCCGAGGUGUUCAGAUAAUGGGGUUUUCUGCGCAGAACUUGAAUCUGUUUUAACACCCAACCUCCCCGCUGAGCCUGACUGGGAGGAUCCCUUACAGAGGAAAGGAAUGACCACGUUUAAAGUGGUUCCCUUGAAGAAACAGAAGUCCGAUGAUCCAGAAGUCACCCAGGAUGUUCCAGAUCAGAUAACAGUAGAAGAUAACCCUGAAAGUGAAGCGUCUCCUGAGGUCUGGAAAAAUCAAACUGAGACUGAGGAGGAUCCAUGUUCUCCUGACAGAUCAGAGGCCGAAUCACCUUUGCAGAGUCCAGAACCCUCUUCUCAGGAGAUUCAGGCUUCUGACAGGCCAGCUUCUCUUCCACCUCCACUUGAUUUAGACAAUCAGGAUUGUCCGGGCUCACCUCUUUCUGAGGUUGAAAAGCAGAAGGAAGAGGAAGAACCUGAAGCCACAUCUGAGGUGAUACUAGCAGCACCGUCCUACUGCAGUGAUGGAGAACUUCCCAGUGAUAGUCAGAUCGACUCAGAGGAUCAGAGUGAAUUUCUUCAAAGCCCCAAUGGACAGUCUGUAAAUACAGACAUGGACCAUUGUGGUUCAUACGCUGAUGAGAAUGGAGUUGAGGAGGAAGUGGUGGUGGUAGAAGAAGAAGAGGAGGAGGAGGAAGAAGAAGAAGACAGUUUCCCUCCCCCUCCUCCACCUGUCUUCUUUAACGAAGAUAUAGAAGUUAUGGAGGAGGGGAGAGAAGAUACUACAGCUUCCUCUCAGCCACAAAGUCCUACCUCCAAUGGGCAAACUAUUGCAUUCAGCGAGGACCAUCAAAAUGAGCCUACUACAGCCGUGCCUGACCAGUCUGCAGCUGCACCAAAACCUCUGGACGACAUGAGUGUGGCCCCAUCCAGAUUUGCACAGGCAGUAGCGUUGGCCGUGCAGAGGUCCCACCUCCAGAGUCGUGGGAAAGGUUUAGGCCCUCAGGCCCCCAGUGGUCCACACAGUGCACUUCCCUCACCACCCAGGUCUACAUACCAGUACGGUGCCUGACUGGCUUCCUCACACAUCUUUGAAUGGAAGUCUUUGUUUAGGGUCAGGAUUCAGAGCUGACGGAGGACACCUGAGUCAGCAUGUGAGCUCCAAAUAACUUAAAAGGUCAGCUGAAUAAUUGCGAAGUAGACGAACUGCAUCAGUUUUAUGACUAGAAGCAACUGACUUUUCUGUGAUUUGUUUUUAUUUUUUUGCCUUUUUUAUUUUUGUGCAAGACACCAAGACUUUUCUGUUCACAGGUUGAACAUAAACAUGUUCUGUUGUCAAGUAAGCCAAAUGUACAGGACAUGAGUUGUUGAACUGAAAAUGUCCUGUUUUUUCUUUACUUCCUUUUAAAUUUUCAUUGAAGAUGUGCCAAGGCGGACACAACGCUGACGUGAGAGUUUUUUUUGUUUGUGUAAAACAAAAGAAAUGCUGUACUCACAAUAAUAGGCUUAUUCUGGGUUUGUGCUGGAAUGUAUUGUCCCCCUCAGGGUGUACAUUUGUAUGCUUUAAGAUGUGAAGAAUGCAGUAAAACUCAUGAACUUGG